AUGGAGUCCGAGUUAUGGCCAGCCCUCGACGACUUCGAGGAUAGUGUCGAUGCAAUAUCGGAGACACUGAAGCCCCUGCUAGAGCAGAACCUUCCGAAACAUGCAUCGAGGUUGCCCUUGUUCGACAAGGCGAAACUCUACAUUAUCACCACCUACGCCCUCGAAACAUUACUCUACACUUACCUUGAAACCUCAGCUACUCCAACGGCUGACCAUCCGAUCAUGAAAGAACUUACCCGCGUUCGACAAUACUUCCAAAAGAUCCGUGAUAUCGAAAGCAAAGAACCUAAGCAGGAAGAAAAAGCAUCAACCGCAUCAUCUUCCGCUCGUGUGGAUACUCGCGAAAACCUUGUAUUAGAUAAAGCCGCCGCUGAGAGGUUUAUAUCCGCUGCCCUGGCAGGAAACGAUAAAUACGAUAUUGAACGGGCGGAAAAUACUAGAUUACAGAAGGAGAGGGCUAAAGAGAAGCUAGGAGAACUUGGAGAGGGUGUAAAGGAUCCUUUGGGACAGAGAGCCCCCGAAAGCAGCAGUGACGACGACGACGAAGAUGGCGGUGUUAGGUUGGUAAUGAGUGACUCGGGCGAUGAAGCCGAGAAGUCAGCCAGCGCUACGCCCGCACCGAAGACAGAUGGUGUCGAAGACACCAAUGAUGAGGAAAUGGCCCGAGUGAAUUCGGAGAAGAAGAGAAAACGAGAAUUAGAGGCCAAAGAAGACAAUGAUUUGAAGAAGAAAUCGAAAAAAGGAAAAUCGAAAAAGGCCAAGAAAGAGAAGUCUACUAAGAAAAAGUGA